AUGUCAAGUUUAGAUCAGCAGCGUCAGUUCGCGGAAGGUCUCGAGGACUACCUGGAGUUGCAUCGGGCGUAUGUGCAAGUCCUGGAGGACCUCGCGCGGUCCCUGCAGCAGAUUGAGCCGGCUACACCUGCCAAGAGGACUUCCAGCAAGGCCCUGCACCGAGUCCUGGCCAAGGCGCGUGCUGAGACGGUGCCCUCCCACGAGCUCGAGAGCUUUAUCCAGGGCAAAGAAGCUUGGUGGGACGAUGCCGAGGUCAUUCGCAGGCUGGUUUCUGAACCCAUGUCCGAGGGCGACGGCCUGGAUAGUACAGUGCCAGCCCUGUUGCAGCAGGAUGCCCUGCUCAUGACCGAGAUGCUGGACCGCUGCAGUCGGGAGACGGAGCUGGUGAUGCGAAUCCAGGCGACGGUGAGCCUGGAGAGCGACCCAGCCACCCUGAGCGCCCAGGCCUCCAUUCUGGGCCUGGAGCCGUACCUGGAUGCAGGGGCACUCCAGACAGUGGCGUCGUGGCUGGAAGCCAGGGAUGAUGCUAGUCCACCCACGGCUUAG